CACGUGUACGGAUCCUUGUAGAAGAAUUCCGCGUAUAAAUCAUUAAUUAACCUUCUUUAUGUUUUUAAACUGCGAAAUCCAAAACAUUUCAUGCCCUCCAGUGGGCACGCACCACACGAGUGCAAGGGCAACAAUCAGUCCAAGCGUACGCGCUCACGCGCUGUUCAGGUGCUCACGCGGCAUCCCCUGAGCGCGAUCGAAGAAGACGAUCCUAGGCCUCUUGGGAACAGAGAGCAGCAGCACCAGUAGCUUCAUCGAUUUACUCUUCCUCAACAAGCGCGCAUAUACAGUGCUCAACGAUGCAGCCAACAACAGAUGAUGUCCCGCCCACCUCCGGAGCGCAGGUGCCCCAGGCUAAGGACGAGGAACGCAAGAAGGCGCGAUCCAAAACAUCCAAGCCUGGUUCCCCCGAGCGCCGUAGCCCGAAGAGGCGAGUCCCCAAGGAGCGAGACGACUUCGACAUGCGUCCACCGGAUCGUAGCCCAAGCCCUCGAGCGGGACCGCGAGCGUCCCGGCAAGGACGGGCGCAAGAUGCAGGAGUCAGAGUUGACCCUGCCCGCUUACCGUUCAAUCGCAAGGGCAGGGGCUUUUACCAGGCGAAACCAGUGGACGGUGCCCUGUCACCGACGGGACCGCACCAGCGCGGUCCAUCCGGUGCUUCCGGCAACGAUCCGACCGCCGCUAUGGGGAGCCUACCUAUGUCACAAAUGUCGCAGGAAGGGCACCUGGACGGUGCACAGAGCCCAACGUCGUUCCCAUCACGCCCCAUCAGCUCCACGUCGCAAGCCUUCCUCGGACAGCCGCCCUCCAGACCGCCCCCGUUGCCCCAAAAUACGUUCUCCGAGGUGACGCCGAAGCCGCGCCGAACUUUUGGACCUCUGUGCCUCACUCUUUGUGUACUGACGACGGUCGUGCUUGCGACGCUGGCGACAGUGGCGAUCGUGAAGGCUGCCUGGCGUUCGGCGGCGCCACGACCGAGCGCGUGCGAGACGCAUGCCUGCCUCGCCUACUCGAGGCGGCUCCGCUCCUCCAUCAACGAAUCGGCGAACCCGUGCAAGAGCUUCACGCGCUUCGUUUGCGACGGCUGGCGGCGUGAGCACAGUGGCACCAUGUGGGAGGAACAAUUCCGUUACGUGCUCGACAAGCUUACCACCUCACUGAAGGACAUCACCGUUCCGCCGUCCGGACAAAACGAGGAGCAACGGGCAGCCGCCGUGUACCGCAGCUGCGUGUCGCUGUUCGAUGGCGGCAGGGACGAUCUGCCGGCCGUCCGGAAGGCGCUCGAUGACGCCGGCAUCGUGUGGCCGCAUCCGUCCACGGACGCCGACGUCCUCUACACGCUCAUGUACUGCUCCCUCAAACUGGGCUGGGACGUGCUGCUCAAUUUCGACAUCGUGGCGAACAGCAGCCGCAGCCGCAGUGCGGUUGAGCUGAUCGCAGGUCCAGGCAGGCUGUUUUCAUUCCUGUACGAGAAACACAUGCGCCUGUACGUGAAUGAUGAGGGCGAGGCGAACUUCGAAUUUCUCAAGGAGCGCUUUCAGCGCAACAAUACGGUCACCGUAACGUACAGUCAGACGGAAGGUUUCGAGGACCUUGUGCUGAAAAAGCUUUUGUACGCCGGGGCGAUGCGCAAAGCCAGCGUCAAAAGUUUAAUUCCGGAUGCGUCGGACAUAGGCCUGACCGAAGCUAAGUGGACGGAAACUCUCCGGAAACUUAACAUGAGUCUGGCCGAAGGUCCCUUGCUGAGGACGACGCAUGUCGCUUAUGUUAACGCAUUGCUGGAUGUCUGGAGAUCAAAUGGCUCGGACUCGUUCCACACACUAGUCUCUUGGUCCACGGUUCAAGUGGCAGCACUUUUCGCCAACAGAGAGCUCAUUUACAAUUAUUACGAUGCUAACUACAAUAUGGCUCAGGUGCACUAUGGCAUCUUCUGUGCCACCAGAGCCAUGUUUUUUUCCAGGCAGGCACUGUUUGCGAGAUACAACGCCGAUUUUUCCCAGGGCAAGGCAGGGCCCGUUGCGAGAGAACUGGCGCUGUCGGUACGGCUUGCCUUCUGGCGCCGUCUUUCCAACUGGACCUACUUCGACGAGAACGUAACCGUGGUAGCCGACUGGAGCUCUCUUACGACAGCGUUCCACAACUUCGAGAAGCACAGCGAAGAGAACGAAACCGUUGUCCGAGGCCAGCUACCAGACAUGACGAAUUCCUUGGUGAGCAACUGGCAGCAUUCGGCAAUAGUCAGAAACACGCCCGAAGUGGAACAGAUGCUGCUCUCCAUGCUUCGCCUACGUUACUACGUCCACUCCUACGGGAAGAGGGACUUCCAGCUGAUGCCGUAUGCCCUGUCCUUUCCUCUGUUCGAUUCAACGCUGCCAUCUUCUGUGAACUACGGUGGCUUCGGAUUCGGGGUCACCGUAGCGCUGGGCGACUUGCUUCUAAACGUUUACGACGUCCGAAAAGUCCCACAAAUUCUCUCCCUAUACGAUUGCCUACAAGCCAGCCAGUUCGGCGAAGGCGUUAUUGGCAGUCAUUAUGCAGCGCAGACAAUUGGCCUCAAGGCUCUUGUCGAUGCUUACGAAAGUAGCGGCCGUGCCCUGGACAACGCUGUGAAAGGGCUCGAGAAGUAUCAGGGACUGCCGCUGGUGUUCAUCGCUAUGUGUUACAUGCUGUGCGAUGGCGACAUCACUGUGGGAAAUAGCGAGGCUGCGUGCAAUCUACCGCUGCAGCAGUUGCCCCGGUUCGCUGAAACAUUCGACUGCGCUCCAGGAGAGCCUAUGAACCCUGCGGACCGAUGCUGGCUGCUUUGAACACUUCGGUGUAUGUGUGGUUGCUGCGCACCGUUGAAUAUGAUGGCGCUUUAUACUUCUUGUGUUUGUCGUUCAAGACUUACUUGUACAAACUUACGCAUAACUGUCGGAGCCAGCACCCCUCGUUAAGAAUGCAGGCGGCAUCUUGCCUCUAUGUGCGCACUGACUGCCAUUGCGGGGCCGGUAAUCGGUGAAGUUAUACGCUGUUCUUUAAUUUACGUCACUCUUACGUGUUUGUGAGAUUUUUUCAGGUAUGUUCUAAGGAUUCAUUGUUUGUACUGGUGAGCUCGGUUAGGCACUGCCCAAUGAAAACCUGUAUAAAAUCGAGUUAUCUAGGUGCUCUGCUACGAUCGACUUGCGAGGCUGCACAUGUCAAAACAGCCACAAACAGUUUCAGGUGACUUCGCUGCAAAUGUGGUUGUGCUUCUUGCGGAACUGUCACUCUUGCGGCAGCUCAUGGAUUUGACUGCAGUGUAAGGCUUUUUUUUUUGUUGCUGCGCUGGCUCUGGUUGGUGCAUGUGGUUUAUUUGCUCGAUUUUCUUGUUUCUUUAUCUUUAUCUUUAUCUUUAUCAGCAAUAGCGACUUGGUGCUUAGAGUGGCAAAUGAACAUUAACCUAACAAAAACAGUAUCAAUGAUCAUUACACGCAAAAAGAACCCGUUACCCUUUGUGUACAGCAUUAAUGGCCAUAACUUAUCCUCUGUUACAGAAUAUAAAUACCUUGGUUUAGUAAUUACGUCAGACCUUAGGUGGAAGUCAUGUAGCUCACAUUAAAAAGAAAGCCAUGAAUAAGCUCGGAUACCUGAGGAGGACCUUGGCUAAAUCUACAUGUAAUAUAAAAUUAUUAGCAUACAAAACUUGCAUCAGACCAUUGUUAGAGUACGCUACUCCUGUCUGGGAUCCGUGGACCCAAGCAAGCAUAAAUAUGAUUGAAAUGAUACAGCGGAAA